AUGGACAUGUGUUUUCCAGGCUCCUCUGCCGUCACGGGUCCAGGCGCAGUGAAGGGCUGGGAGCGGGGCUCACUGACCGUGCAGUGUCGCUAUGACCCAGGCUACGAGACCCACAAGAAGUGGUGGUGUCGAGGGGCUCCCUGGGGCAGCUGCAACAUCCUUGUUAGAACCACCGGCUCGGAGCAGGAGGUGAAGAAGGGCUGCGUGUCCAUCAGGGACCAUCAGAAGAACCGCACGAUCACCGUGACCAUGGAGGCGCUCACGCUGGGCGAUGCGGACACUUACUGGUGUGGGGUUGAGAGAGAAGGACAUGACCUUGGGGCCCAAGUUAAAGUGACCGUUGACCCAGCAGCCACUACAGUGUCCACCACCACCACAUCCUCCUCCACAGCGCCAGUCACCCCAGACGAGGACGAAGGCUCCCCGACUAUACCCGAUAGCGGCUCCCUGCUGGGCAGCGUCCACUUCCUGCUCCUGGUCUUCCUGAAGGUGCCCCUGCUCCUGGGCAUGCUCAGUGCCGUCCUCUGGGUGCACCGGCCUCAGGCGGGCCAUCGUGACACAGAGCCGUACUCUGGCCGGGACGGCCUGUCCAGGCACAUGAACUCUCGGGGAGAGGAGAUGACUUUCACCCCAGACUGUGACACAGGCACUGUGCUCAUGCUGCUCGCAGGAAACAACCCUGACUGCGGGGAGCCCUGGACUCUGGGGGACGGACAUGGGCUCUUCCUGCUUUGA